AUGCCGCGAGUACUUCUUGUACUUCUUCUUGUGCCCUCCUUAACAUCUUCCUUUAUCUCUCUCCUUUCCCUUGGAGAUCUAGAUCUAUCACAGCAGCGAGAUUUCACGAGACUUAACGAGACUUUCCUCCUACUCUCUGUAAUUUCACUUAGUCAUUUUCUCCUCAACUCUUUGUCUUCCUCUUUCUUCUUCUUUUUUCCCUCCGUUUAUAUCACAGCAAAACUCUCGUUUUUCUCUCUAUCUAACAUUGCUCUUUCCUCUACUUGCAAAUUUCCUCCAACUCUCUCUUUUAGUCUUGUAAAUCGAAAAACAUUUCUGCUUCUCUCUCGUUACUUUAGAACCCAUGGAGACCAGGACAGAGAGCAUAUAUUCAUAUUGAUAAAUCUAUCUAUCUAUCUAUCUAUCUAUCUAUCUAUCUAUCUAUCUCUGUGUGCGAAUCUAUCCUUUAUAUAUAAUUGA